UACCAUGCGCAACCUCGUCAUCUACCUGUCCGCCUUGACGGCUCUCUCAAGCCAUGCAUACAAGCACGAGGCGGCACAACUUCGUGACUUGCUCGCUUACCCCAAGUAUGAGAUCCAGUUCUUGAACGACCUACCCAUCUCGUGGUCGGAUGCCGAUCGGGUCGAGAAGGAGGGUCUUGAGAGGGCAGAAGAAUGGUCCGAGUUGAGAUUGAAGGAGCGGAAGGAGCUCGGCGAUGGAUCGGAUGUGCCUUUAAAGGACCGUUUGGAGAUCAUCCCGAUGACGUUCACCCCUGCCGGAAGCGACUCGGCCGCUGAAUACCUCUGUCUCUUACCGCCGAAGAAUGUGACUUCCGCUCAGACCCUCCGAUUGAAAUCUGAAUCUCAUGAAGAGCUGGAUCCUGCCCAAUCGUGGGCGGCCAUGUCACACCUCGACGGCAAGUGUCUUUACUCCACCCUCGGAUGGUUCACCUAUUCGUACUGCCACAACUCGCACAUUCGCCAGUUUCGAGCGGCCCGCCAUACCCAUCCACACCCUCCUGGAGGCUACGAACCGGAGGAAGACACCUCUUACGAGGCGUACACGUUGGGUCAAAAGGGAUCUAGACGACCUUCCAGAGCUGCCGCCGAGUCGAACGCGGUAUCAUUCGGUCUCGGCGCUUCCUCUCGCUACCUCGUGCAGCGUUGGUCGGAUGGGACACUGUGCGACAAGACCAAGAGACCUCGCGAGGUGGAAGUACAGAUUCAUUGCAGUAUGACGACUACGGAUAUCAUCUAUCUCGUCAAGGAGAUGACCACUUGUCAAUACGUCGUGGUGAUACACUCCCCGCACCUGUGCAGUCUGCCCGGGUUCAGAGCGCCUCAGGUUGAUGUAGAGCCCGCGGGGAUACAGUGUCGUCAAUCCAUCAGCGAUCAGGACUUUGAAAGUUGGUUCAGCUCCCCGAAGGAGGAACGCGAGGGGAGACUCAUGUUGCCAGGAGACAGGCGAGAGGCGGAAAAAGUGAUGGAAGAAAAGAAGAUGCCAAUCGACGGCCUCGCGUCGUUAGACGACAAGGCAUUGAUGAGCCUCUUUGAAGGCGCCAUCAAAGCUCUGCAAAGCGACAACGUGGCGGACAUGACGGACGAUGAGGAGGUUAUGUAUCUCGCACUGGUCGAGGACGCCGAGGGUAACGUGGUGAUCGAGACAUCCAACGAGAUGAAUCAGAUCAAAGAAGCGGACAAGAUGUUGGAGGUGGUCAAGGGGUUCUUGGAACAGAAGCGGAAGCCCGCGAGGGAGGAGGAGGAGGAGGACAAGGAUGGGCAGCAGGCGGAUGACCACGUGAGAGAUGAGUUGUAAUGUAUUUAUGUAUCGG